GAGUGCCUGGCCAGUGCAGCGCCAGCCCUCGGAGACCGAAGCUCGGUGCGUCCGUCGCAGCGGCAGUCUUGUCCCGCCCCGCCCCGCCCCCGCGACCGUCACUUGUGUUGUUGUGAUUCCAGCGCGUGGCCUUUUUGGAUUAACCAGCUGUCAGGGACCGCUGCCGCAGCACCUCUCCUCACACCUCCCCGAACGAGUGCGCCCCGCCGCAAGACUUUAGUAGCCAUGGGGAAAGGAAAGAUGCAGCACAAGUGAGUGUGACCAUGGCGGCGGACCCGUCGGCCAGCCCCGAGCGCUGGACGGACACGUCGCGCUCCCUGCACCGCUCCUCGUCCAGCGCGGCGCGCGAGGCCCGCGAGCAGGCGCGCCAGCAGGCGAAGCAGGCCCAGGCCAUGGCGGCCCAGCAGCAGCAGGCUCAGCUGGCCUACCAGGCGCAGCAGACGCUGCAGGCCCACCAGGCCCGGGGGCCCCGCUUGCCCACCAGAGCCCCCCGACCCGCGCGACCCAACCGGCAUCGCAAUUAUGAUGACGAGAACAGUUGGGCGUGUGGGAACUGGUUCGAGUUCCUGCUGGUGGUGGCGCUCGCCAUCAUCCUGCUCGUGGGCGCCCUCGUGCUCGUGCUCUUCUGGGUGCUGUAUUACCGACAAGGCUUUGCAUGGACCGAGAACCCGACGCUCGAGUUCAACCUGCACCCCGUGCUCAUGAUUGCCGGCUUCAUCACCUUCAGCGGUUUCUCAAUGCUCCUGUACCGUAUUGGCCGCUGUUGCCGCCGAAUCUAUGUGAAGCUCUUCCACACCAUCUUCCAUGCGCUCGCCGUUCCCUGUGUGGUUGUCGGUUUCAUUGCGGUUCUCGACUCCCACAACCUUGCCAACCCACCAAUCCGCAACUUCUACUCUCUUCACAGCUGGAUGGGAUUUGUCACCAUGGGCCUAUUUGCACUUCAGUUUGUUGUGGGCUUCUUCAGUUUUCUCAUUCUCCUAUGCUGUGAAAAUGCUACGGCAGGAUUCCGAGCCUCUCUUGUUCCAAUACACGCCACAUUUGGAAUUCUGACUUUCAUGCUUGCUGUUGCAACCUGUCUUACUGGUCUGACCGAGAAGGCCUUCCUCACACCUGGCUUCAAAUAUGUUGAGUGGCCAGAAGAGGCAUUCAUUAUCAAUGCUCUUGCUAUGGUGUUGGUGGGCUUGGCCAUUCUGCUAGUCUAUGCGGUGCGCCGUGAAACGUUCCGCGUCCGAGUUGCAAGUAUAGUCUCACAGAGACUAUAGGACAGGAUUGAGCCGCUUCCAGAGCAGCCUGAGCGGUUCUGAAGAAAUCAAAGAUGCUUUGAGGCUGGGCACCGAAAAUGUCCUGUAGCGGCCAGGACGCCCUGAUCUCAUCAUCAACACUUCUGUUUACAACAAAGUGGAACAUUUAUCGUCUUGUACAAAACUCAUAACAUCAAUUUCAAUAAGAAAACUUCAUUCACUCUCAAGACAUGUUGGGGCAAAUACAAUAAACAAUUACAAGACUGAUUAAAUGAGAUUGUAACAUGAUCAGAGUAUGGCCAGGAAUUUAAAAGAGUAAGUGAAUUGAAGAAAAUCAGUUUGAUUGAAAAAAGCAUUGCUUCAACAUUCAUUGUUGUAACAGUGGAUGUUCUCUACAUUUGGAGUGUUUGCAAGCAGUGAUUAUGAACAAGACGGCUUUGUGUCCUAGUUUUUUUCCUGACUAAGUCUUUGUCUUUAAUACCAUGCAAGCACCUUGUUGAAGUAACACACAGAAAGGUUGUUAAAUUAGACAAAGAACACAAUUUGUUUUCCAAAUAUAGAAAAGAUGUCAUUUUGCAUAAACUGAAAAUCCAUAUUAUAACAUCUCUUUCUCAUUGACAAGCAUUAAUAUUGUUAUGCUUUCAUAUUGUGAGUUACAACUAGCAUUUUUAAGCCUCAGUUAACUUUCAUUAGAAAAUGUUACUUAACUUAGGUCAUCAUUCCUUUGAAAUAUUCCAAACUUUUAGUCAGUGUCUCCUCUGUGCUUUACUCAUAGUGGCUAGCUGAGGCUGAGGCAAAGAUUUUGAAGAACUGUUGCUAUCAUCAGACUCUAAUUACUGAAGAACCAGACCACACUUAGUAUUUCAUGUGGUUUAUUCUGAAUGCUCAACAGUAAAUGCAUGUAACUGCAUGUGUUCAUGGCUCAAAAUUACUUCCCCAAGCAUUAGUGUAUAUGUAGAAUAUGGUUUUUAAAAGUUAGGGCAUAUUACGCCAAUGCCAAUAGAACACUUUUUUCCAUUUUUUAAAAUAAAAUAAAUUCUCUUGAAAACUCCCUUUAUGCUGGUAAUCAGAUGUGCUUGAGUAUGAAACUUACUUCCUGACACCUGGCAAUAGGCCAAUGGAAGAUACCCUGCCCUCAACAGGAAAACAUUUAAAGUUAUUUGUAGUCAUCAAAAAGGGAGGGCAUAUGUGAGCUACCAUUGUAGUUUUAUAGGACAAUCAUUUGUCAACAAGAUACUAUAUUAUGUUGAAAGCCUGAAAACUGUCACCAUUAUGUACAUAGUAGUUGUCAAUCAUACAGUAUGUGAUACCAACCAUUUAAUAAAAACAAAAAUAUUAAAAAAAAAAAAAAAAUUGAACUUAGAAAUACCAAUGGUGCUAUGACUUAACUCGCGAUUAUGGUUAGUUCUCUCUUUAGUUGUAAAAUAUAGGUUGUAGAUUUAUGGUACGUUUUAUCUCCUCCAUAAAUUUUAAUCAUCUUUUAAAAUGAUCAUUAAAGUUACUUACAAACUUGUUUUGAUAGAUGCUCAUAAUGUCCUUAAGAACCUACUUAUGCUUCUAUAACAACCUGGCUUAGCUUUGUUCAGCCAUUUAAACAUUCCUCGAUAGAUACCCCAUGAGCUAAAGGAUGCAGUUCUAAAGUAAACACCCCAGAGAUAAAUUUUUCCACUUAUCAUAAAGUUUAGAUAAUUUGUAUACAUGAAAUCAAUUCUAUAUGUUGAAGGCAAUACUUUAACAUCUGUAGAUUCAUGCAAAAAUCAGAAAAGAAAAGUUCAAUUUCCUAACUUAAGACUUGUAAAUGAUUGUUCUUUAUAAUUAAUAUUGGAGCUUUUGGUGUAGCAGUAAUCUGAAUUUGAGGAAUCCACCAGAAAGAAAUUUAGAUUGAAAAUAGGAAUGAUGCCAAAAUCUGUUUGUAAAUUAGUGACUUUGUUUAAAAACUAAGUAUAGGAUGAAAACUGUCACAAAAUGUUGCAAUAGGAGGUGGAAAAGAAAAUGAUUUGUCUCAUUUGUACAAUGUGGACUGGAGUAAUUUAUUGUGAAUGUUCCCAGAAACUAGAUGUACAUGCUUUUUCUUGUUGGGACCAUUUUAACAUAUAGCUUCAGAAUAGAACCCUGUUCAAAACUGCCUUCAUCUCAUAUAAACAGACAAGCUUAUCAUACCUUCAUUUCAUCCCUAUUUAAAUAUACAUACUUUGUCUUCUUCAAUUUUGUUCCAUGGACAAAAUUAAAUGCAAAUCUUUUGAAAUCAAAGAA